AUGCCGCCUGGACGCUACGAUAGUACAAAGCAGGCGACUACGCCACUCUCGGCUACAGCUAGGCUGGUAGCCCUCGAAGUCAACUUCCGCCGCGCAGCAUCAAUAGGCAUACCUUUGGUCCGACUUCCAAUUGACCCCCUCAAUCUCUUCUUUCAAGUGUCUGAAUCGCACGUAUGGGCGCUUAUUGAGGGGCUUCCUUUCGGCAUUUCACUUCCUACGUGGGCACGAUACGCCCGUCGAGGGUGGUAUUUCAAAAACGAAGCAGAUUCGCAUAUCCAUUAUGGGCCCAUAUGGGCACUUGUCACCCCUUGCGACAUCCAUAUUCUAGUUUGCGAUACAGAAGCCGUGCAUAGCGUCUUUGCGAGACGUAAUGAUUUUGGUCGACCAAACAAGAUGUACAAACUCCUAGAAGUCUACGGCCCAGCAAUCCCAUCAGCGGACCAAACCAAUUGGCGAAGGCAUCGCAAAAUCUUCGUAACACCAUAUGUUCAGACAUUGCUUUAA